CUGGAGGAAGGCUGGGGAGUUACCACGGGAAGGCCAUCAGUCUGAGGUGACCCUGUAAUGCUUGCAGUGCCCGUUCGCGACGCUGGCUGACAGGGAGCGAGCUGGGGGAGAGUGUUGGGAGAGGCUGCUGCUGCUGCCUUUAAGGGUGCGCUCGCUCCUCUCGGCUGUCCACCGCACCGCCUCAGUCCUGGGCUGGGCGUCGCGGCAGGCAGCACUGGCGAUCUCUCUUCUCCCCAUACCCUGCAUCCCAAUGCCGGCCGCCUCGAGUAAAAGGGUUCCCCAGCAGCAGCAGCAGCAGCAGCGAGCGGGCCGUACAGCCAUGGCCGCCGGCGAUUAUUCCAUCAAUCUGACGGUGCAGCAAGUCUUGAGCCUGUGGGCACACGGCACCCUGCGGCAUUUCACAGAAAUGUGGUACUGGGUUUUCCUGUGGGCUCUCUUCUCCUCUCUCUUUCUGCAUGGUGCAGUGGGACUGCUGAUGUUUGUGAUGCUUCAAAGGCACAAGCAAGGGAGAGUGAUAUCAGUGGUGGCAAUUGUUGUGGGAUUCCUGGCAUCCAUAACUGGAGGAAUGAUUACCAGUGCAGCAGUGGCUGGUGUAUACAGGGUAGCAGGCAAAACCAUGGCUCCGCUUGAGGCUCUGGUAUUUGGUGCUGGACAGACAGUUCUCACAGUUGUCAUCUCAUUCUCGAGGAUUCUAGCCACACUAUGAGGGCAGAUUUCAUUUAAGCUAAGCAGUACUGUUGGAGCUCUCCAUGUGGGGAAUGUUUGAGGAAAAACCAGCUUACAGAAUUGAAUGCCAACCUGUAAGGUCAUGAAGUUGUAUGUGAUCUCCAGGCCAGUAGGGGAAGGCUGUUUGGAUCUCUAGUAUGGCGCCACACGUGCUUUUUUUUCCCAGAAAGGAGGGCAUGAAGAUGAUUAUGGGAUCAGUGAAGGCUCACAAGCAAAACAUAUUUUCUACAGUUACCAUUAAUUGUUAAUGGUGGCAGAUGCACACAACUGUAAAUGCACUCCAAUAUAAACUGCAGGGAGAGUGUCAGUAUUACAUGUGCCAAACUUGGAAGUUUUUAAACAUUAAUUUGAAAAUGUGAACUAUGAUAUCCAGGUAAAAAGUGGGCUCUGGGGAGAUGUUUACUACUGUACAUAAGUAAGAUUAUUAUAAGAAUUAGACAUGGUGUUUCUUGUUCAUCCUUUUCUCCCACAAACCUGAGGAUAUUGUGUUUGUAUUUGUGUUGUAAUGAUAGAAAAGCCCUAACAGAUGACGAGGUUUAAAUACCGCCAUUAGUGAUGAGCAUUAGCGCAUUGCCAUUUUAACUUUUUGUAAUGACCAAUCUUGCUUUUGUUCAUCACUGCGGCUUCCUCAAACAGUGCAGACUAUUCAACUAUUAAUUUUUUGGAAAGUAAUCAUAAUACCAGUAAACUAUUCACUCGACUGAAACUUAGUAUUGCUGCUUGUGCAUGUCACCUUUUUUAGCCAAUAUGAUUGUGCACAAGCUAGCUUUUAGCAGUGUGCAUGCCAGCAGCAAAAAAAAAAUGAACCAUUGUUCACUCAGUUUACACUUCUUAAUAUGCACAGGAAAAUUAUGGUUGAGUAUUUCUGAGUAAUCCUGUGAAAUUCAUACAUAUCUAUCAUUUCCACUUCUUUCACCCAACUAUGCUGCGUGGAGUUUUUUUUGUGUGGUUCAAAUGGAUGCACAGUGGUUUACAGGGUCAGUUUUCUAGGCAGGUCUGAGUUGCUGUGCAGUAGUUUACACGGCUUGCCUUCCCAACAAACUCCCAAAUUCAAAUUUUGAUUUGCAUGCUCCUCUAACUCCUCUCACCUGUUACAGCUGGGAAUACUCGCGCUUGAUUAUAAAGUGGAAGUUGCAAACCUUGAUGUUGAACACCAUGGUAUACUUGAAGCAUGUCUGUUGUGCACAUUCUUUUGGAUUUACAUUACUGUAGUAAAUUAUGUGGCUGAAAAUGCUCAGACACUGCUGUUAUAGAGGUAGCUUUAGAGCUGAUUAAAAUGUUAUGUUUGAUGGUAUGAGAGAUGGGCAUUACCGUAUAUUGAAUGCAUUGAACGUUUUGAUUUUUUUGUAACAUUGAAUCUGGGACUGUAACCAAAGAUUUGUAAACCAGGUGUUGGGGUGUUGCCCAUUCUGCUGCUAAUUUGUCACUCUUUUUGUUUAAAUUGAGUAAAUUUCUUUUUUGUGAAUCAUUUUGAAACGUAAACAUUUACAUUGCUGGAGGCAAUGGUUCUGGAAAGAUUAAGAUCCAAGUUUGGCUCCAGACUUAUUUUUAAUUUUGCUUUAUGAACUAAAUAUACUCCAUGGACAUCAAGACUUCAGGCUUGGUUCAUUUUAAUAUUUUUUUAAAAAUCAUGUGUCCCUAAUAUACACAGUACAAAUUUCUAAAGGCCUCCGAAAGGGCUCAAUGUCUAUCACGAUUUGAAGAAAUGCAUUCAAUGGACAAGUUUAAAAUUUAUCCGAUGACUUGUGAUAAUCUGGUAACUAUCCCUUUUAAAUCUUGUUUAACUCCCACAGACACUGCAGACUAUGUUCACAUAUAUCUGCUGUAUAAACUAUUCUAGUUUAUCAAAAAAUGAAACUUUAUUUUUUUUCUGCAAGCCAUCCUCCAUAUACCAUUCUGAGGGAUGAAAUCACAAAGAAUAGUUUGCCUUUUUAAAAAUAUUAUAGCUUUCAACUGUUGGUGUAACAUCAAAAACAUAAUUUUUGAAUAUACAUGGGUGGAGUGUAAUGCAAGUGCUAUGUUAACCUGGAACAUUUUGUAGCUGUCUCCUUUGGAUCAACUUAGUAAACAAAAGUUCCCUUCGUUUUACUCUCGAUGGCAAACUAUAAGCAAAAUAUGAGUAGAGGACUGAAAAACCAAGGAAUAUCUGAAAGCCAGAGGGUAUUUGUUUAAAUCUGUCAACGGCCAUUUCCUUAAAUGGUUCGUUUUAGUAAACUAUGCAAGUUUAGAAGUAUGUUUUCAGGAGAAAGGACUGGGAUGGAUAAAAGAAUCAUUGCCUGAUUGCAAAAUACACCCUAAAUCUAUCCAGUUGAUGUCCAUAAUUUUGAUCUAUACAAUCAUGUUUCAGAAAGUUCCAUCUCAUCAUACAUGUUCUAUUUGACUCAUUCUAUGAGGAAUGAAGAUUUACAGUUUGCCAAAAGCUGCAGACAGAUUGGAAAGUAUUUAAGCCUGUGAAAUUCCAUGUGUGCUCCUAACCUUCUGCUACAGCUGUUAAAUCAUUAGAUAAAAUGAGCCCUUCAGAUCCACGUAGAAUUGUCCCUACUUCCAAGUCACUACCAUCAAUAUAGUUUUUGUUCUGGUUACCUGCUUAUAGUAUAAAGGCUUUAAUGAUAGCCUUGGUGGUGGUACUGAUGGUGGAAUUUCAAUUUAAUACAUAUCUGGAAUUAAAAGCCUAAUGAUGACUAAGAACGCACUGUCAAUUGUCAGGAAAACUCAUCUAAUUCACUAAUGUCCUUUUCGAGAAAGAAACCCAGCAUUUCAUGAUCUGGGCAAUGUGGAUGACUGGUAACUGCCUUUUGGCCAGUGGCCCCAACAACCAAUGAAUGAAUGAAUUUUUUUUUUAAAAAUGAGCCAAAACUGAUAAGAAUUUAAUCUUUGACAUUUCUUUUCAGAACUAUUUGAAUGAUUAAUGAAUACAACGAAAGAAUGUUAGUUUAUGGGUUGACAAAUAUGGUAUACUCUAACAGCUGGGUUAUUUAGCAUUUAUCUUAUGUUCCUUUUGACUCAUGCAUGACGUUAUUUUUCUGCCUAUGUUAGGAAUACCCCAAUUGUGUAUGUUAACAUUCUGGAGUGAAGUUCUGCUGGUCAAUGUCAAUGCCUCAGACUCUGCAUUAACAUCUCCACUAUAAACUUUCUUAUGAAUACUUUACCUUUUUAUUGAUCCAAUAGCUAAAUCUCUCUGAAGAAAAAUCUAACCUAUAUUUUUAUACUUCAUUUAAAGAUCAGUAUUUAUUAUUGUAGUUCUAAGUAAAUGCCAGGAUUUUAAAAACUUUUUCCAGCACUGUGCUCUUUAAUUGCUAGAUAGCAAGAUGCAGUGCUAGUCCAGUAAACUUACUGGUUCUUUAUUUUGAAUCUACAAUAAAUCACCUGCCUGCUACAGCCUUAAAUUUCAUCUCCAACUGGUCUUUAUUCUUGUUACCAAUACCAAGAGCAUGUUGAAUGCUCCUGGUGUGUUUCAAAUCUUAUCAGUUAUCCAUUACAAACUUGGUUGGAAAAGGCUGAGUUCAGUCAAAUUAGCUGUCUAAGCUGUCUUUUGUAUAUCUCAAACUAUUUUAAAAAUGAGAACUGUCUCUGUCAAACACAGUAUUCUAGGUUAAAAUGUGAAUUCACAUGCAAACUGGAAGUUAUAAAAUUGUAUCAGUGGGAUUUACUGUUCUUGAGCACUGGGCACUUUUUUUUUCCCCAUUAUCGUCUGCACAGUUUGGAAAACUGGUGACCAGAAACCCAUAACUGUACUUGUCUUAAUGAUAACCUAAAGCCACUAUGGUAUCUCGGUCUGUAAGAACAUUGUGCCAUGUGAGUCUAAUCCAAGGAGGGCUGUGUAUUGGUUCAACUUUGUCUGAAUUUUAAACUGUAGAGAAUUCCACUAUUUGGUACAGAGAAGGCAGUAAAAACCUAUUUCAAGUACUUUAUUAUUGUUUGGUGUAAAGGUUGGGAGAUAUGCAAAUUAGUGUUGUCAAAUCUGCUUAAACAUGAUUGCCUAGACUUCCAUCUCUAUAUUUAAAUUGCUUGAGUAAAAUGAUUUUGAGUGAUAUUUAUUUGGAUCUUGCUGAUUUGAUUUCCUUAAUGUCCUCAUAAUUGGCAUUAGUCUGAAAAGACUCCACUUUUAAGAUACUAUAACAUUAAAAUUUAGAUCAGCUUGACUUUUUUUGGAUUUCUAUUGAUAGUAGUGUGGAUGCAGAUGUGUAUUUGACCUGUGCCAUACUUGACACUGAAAAUAAUAUACUGCUGUAAAAGGCCUAGAUUUUUUUUUCCUCUUACAGAAUGUCAUUCAUUUUAAAUGGAUUUAUACAGUCAGUUUUAGAUUUGGAAAAUCUAGUCUAAAAUGUUUGUUGUUUCUUUGGGUCUGGGAACACUUGUUGGUCAGUAAAGUUUACUUGUUUGUUUGUUGUUUUUUACCCCCGUAUCUGAUAUAUUGGUGACAAAAAAGAGAAUUGAGGUUUUGCACAGGCUCUAAUUUUCAGUCAAGAAAUUGGUAACUCUCUUUUUGUGUGAAAGUGCUGAAUUAUUUCUUUUUUUUUU